AGUGAAUUUACACCAAUAAUAUUCGGUGUGACACAGCUCUAUGUUACAGAGAUUUCAAUUGGUUGAAACCUCGUGCCGGAAAGAAAACCCUUUUAGGGUCUCGGGUCGAGCUUGCUUUGAGGAACAGACUGGACAAUUUUCACGUUUGAAGGACUGAAGUGGAGAUUUGGUGACUUUGGAGUGGACAAAUAGGAGUAGGACCACCGUCAGACCAACGUUUUAUCGACCGCAAAACAACAGAGCAGACAGCAAAGGGCGUUUGGACCAGCAGAAAGUAUGCGAACUUCUCUGUUCGCACUUGGAACUGUCGGCUACUUCAUGUGUGUUUUGCGUUUAAUGUUCGUUACGCGGAUAAACUGCGGAGGAAAACUUAAACUUGAUUGAUUUGUAUUUAUUUUGAAAAGUCACCAUGUUGGGGGAUGAGGGGAUCUAUGCGGCGAAGAAGAGGAAGAAACCCGUCCAGAAAAGUCUGAACCCUGCUCCAGGGGACGGUGUGGUGAUGACCAACCCGUCUAAACGUCACCGGGACCGUCUGAACGGGGAGCUGGACCGGCUGACUGGCCUUCUGCCCUUCUCCCAAGAGGUCAGGGGUCGGCUGGACAAACUGUCCGUCCUCCGGCUCAGUGUGGGAUACCUCAAGGUCAAGAGCUUCUUCCAUGCGACCCUCCAGAAGAAGAGUGAGUGUCCGGCCGCCCUCGUCAGUGGGAACGGGAGGAACGGAUGGACAUCCACUUCUAUAGACGGAGUCAGCCUCUCAGAGGGAAACCUACUGCUGCAGGCCCUGAAUGGUUUUGUCCUGGUGGUGACCACUGCUGGCUCCAUCUUCUACGCCUCUCCAACCAUCCAGGACUACCUGGGCUUCCACCAGUCUGAUGUGGUGCACCAGAGUGUGUACGACCUGAUCCACAUAGAUGACAGAGCCAUGUUCCGGUGUCAGCUUCACGUCGCUCUCAACCCCAACCAGAACGACUCAGAGGCCGCACCAGACGCCAGGCAAUCUUGCAGCAGGCCUCAUGGUGAGUCUAUGAGCUACCUGCCCCAGCACAUCCCUCCAGACAACAGCUUCUUCCUAGAGAGAAGCUUCUGCUGUCGCUUCCGCUGUCUGCUAGACAACACCUCCGGCUUCCUGGCGUUGAAGUUCCAGGGGCGUCUGAAGUAUGUGUGUGGUCAGGGGAGGCUGGCGGAUGACGGGGCCACGACCCCCGCUCAGCUGGCCCUCCUUGCCAUCGCUGCGCCCCUGCAGCCCCCGGCUGUCAUGGAGAUCAGGACCAAGACUCUCCUCUUCCAGACCAAACACAGACUGGACUUCGCCCCCAUGGGUAUAGACACCAGAGGUAAAGUGGUGCUGGGUUACUCUGAAACAGAGUUGGUCACUAGAGGCUCAGGUUACCAGUUCAUCCAUGCUGCUGACAUGAUGUACUGCGCAGACAACCACCUCAAAAUGAUAAAAACAGGAGAGACUGGUUUCACCAUUUUUAGGCUGCUGACUAAGGCAGGUGUGUGGGUGUGGGUUCAGGCCAACGCCAGGGUCGUCUUCAAGGCAGGGAGACCCGACUUCAUCGUCGUUCGACAGAAAGCCCUGACGAACCAGGAGGGCGAGGAGCACCUGCGUCAGCGGAGAAUAGAGCUUCCCUUCAACUUUGCCACUGGGGAGGCUCUGCUGUAUGAGUCCUGUUCCUCUCUGGAUACUGCCGUUAUGCCUCCAGGACCACCCAUCCCCCCAGGCCUCACUCCCCCAGGCUCUAGCCCUGAGGACAAGCACCUGGACCCUGCCUCUCUACUGGGGUCCCUACUCUGUCAAGACCGCUCUGUUUACACUCAGUCCCAGGACCCUAGCCUGGACCUCCAGGACCUUUCCCCGGACUUAGACCUAGCCUUCCCCCAGGACCAGGACCCAGGCCUGGAGAGAGCCUUCCUGGACAGCCACGCUCUGCUGAGUGUCCCCGGGGAGCUCCAGGGUCCCCAUAGGCCCAGAUUGGUAGACCCCACAGCCCAAACCAUGAUGGACUCUCUGGGGGAGAUCCUGGGGAAGAUGGGGGCGGAGGGCCUGGAGGGGCUGAGGUUGAAGGAGACAGAGCUGAGGGAGUGGGAGAGCACCCUCUUCAGGAUCAACAUGGAACAGCAGGAUGUGACGGGGAAGCUGGAUGAUAUCUUAGCCAAUGAUGUGUUCUCGUACGUGGAGGAGGCUCUGAUGAGGGAGAAUGAUGGUGGAUGUGUGAUAGGCAGCUUGAGACAGGCCACUGAGCCAAUAAACAGACUCCCUGCUCACAACACUGCCAAUCCGAACACACUGGGCAUGUUCCCUCACUCCCUGAGUUCCUUAUUGCCAGGCAACAAGGGCUUCAAUGGCGGGAACGGCUCACACAGUGAGAACCGAUGGCAGAUGGGUGGUCCACACAUGACCUCUAAACUCAACAGCUAUGAAGAGCAGAGGCUGCUGAAUAAUGGAGUUGUUAGUGGCGUGGCGCACGGGGUGGGGUGUAGUCCUGGGAUUGUUGGAGAGCCACACAGCGUUGUAAACACAAACAUACUACCCAAGGCUGCUCACACGUUUGCAGGGCAACGGACUCAAGGAAGUGGCGUCUAUCUCCAUGGCAACCGAACGGUCCCACAACCAUCCCAUAUUAACAACCAACCGGAGUCCUGGAUACCCUCCAUCCAAAAUAUUAUCCUUAAUACCCACAGCCCUGUUCCUCUCCCAAACUUCUACAAUAUUCUCCCUGAGGCCUUUGACCAAACCAUGCAGCCCAGCCUGGAGUUAUACCACUCUGGGACUGGAGAUGCAAAAAGGCAGUUCUCAGGGCAGCCCUGUCCGGGUCCUUCAUAUCAGGACCCAAGGCAGCCUUGGCAACAGCCACGGCAAAGUACACAAUGGCAACCUUGGCAGAUACCACAGUGUUUUCCAGCAAAGCCAGUAAAUGGACUCAGUCACACACACCCCAAACACACCACACACAUACCGUCCAAUAACGCAUCCAGAACUCAAACACUCACACCCUCCGGCAACUGUAUGUUUGAAAAAAAGCCUUCAAAUAUCAGUGGCCUUACACCUGCCCAAAACAGGUCACACGGACCCAUACCUGCCCCAACUCAGUCCAAUGGACCCAGACCCACUCCCAUUCUUUCCAAUGACUGUAGAAUCAGCUUCUCUACCCAAGCCCCCAAAUUCUUUGUGCCUUACCCUGAAGCAUCUCUAAUCCCAAAACCUUCUUACCCCCAAACCUCCAUUCCUAACCCAACCUACCCCACAGCCACCAUCCCUAACCCCAUCCCUGCCCUAUCCAAAGGGGCUCAGCCAGGGGAGGGCAUGGCAGCUCCCCCUGCCUGGUCUGGGGCUCCAUACCUGGGCAUGAAGCAUCUCCCAGGCCCCUUUCCCAGACGCCAGCUGGUUCCCCAGAGCUCCAGGGGGGAUGGCAGCUGUAAUAAUCCCAGUGAAGGGAGCUUGACGCUGGGUGAGAGGGGAUUGGAAGGCAGCCUUUUUUCUGGAUGUCCGAUGCCAGGAUUUCCUCCUGAGAACGGAUCUGUACAGUCAUCUUUAUUCUACACAGGUCCCUAGCAGUUCCAAACUGUGAUGCGGAUCCUUUUCUCUUCACUGGCCUGGCUAACAGAACCACCAACAUCUCCUAGACUCUAGAACUUAGAGGAAUACAACAAACCAUCUCCACCGUGGCACCAUCAACAUCUCCUGGAGGAAUACAACAAACCAUCUCCACUGUGGCACCAUCAACAUCUCCUGGAGGAAUACAACAAACCAUCUCCACUGUGGCACCACCAACAUCUCCUGGAGGAAUACAACAAACCAUCUCCACCGUGGCACCAGCAACAUCUCCUGGAGGAAUACAACAAACCAUCUCCACUGUGGCACCAUCAACAUCUCCUGGAGGAAUACAACAAACCAUCUCCACCGUGGCACCAUCAACAUCUCCUGGAGGAAUACAACAAACCAUCUCCACCGUGGCACCAUCAACAUCUCCUGGAGGAAUACAACAAACCAUCUCCACUGUGGCACCAGCAACAUCUCCUGGAGGAAUACAACAAACCAUCUCCACUGUGGCACCAUCAACAUCUCCUGGAGGAAUACAACAAACCAUCUCCACCGUGGCACCAGCAACAUCUCCUGGAGGAAUACAACAAACCAUCUCCACCGUGGCACCACCAACAUCUCCUGGAGGAAUACAACCAACCAUCUCCACCGUGGCACCAGCAACAUCUCCUGGAGGAAUACAACAAACCAUCUCCACCGUGGCACCACCAACAUCUCCUGGAGGAAUACAACAAACCAUCUCCACCGUGGCACCAGCAACAUCUCCUGGAGGAAUACAACAAACCAUCUCCCUCGUGGCACCAUCAACAUCUCCUGGAGGAAUACAACAAACCAUCUCCACCGUGGCACCACCAACAUCUCCUGGAGGAAUACAACAAACCAUCUCCACCGUGGCACCACCAACAUCUCCUGGAGGAAUACAACAAACCAUCUCCACCGUGGCACCACCAACAUCUCCUGGAGGAAUACAACAAACCCAUCUCCACCGUGGCACCAGCAACAUCUCCUGGAGGAAUACAACAAACCAUCUCCACUGUGGCACCACCAACAUCUCCUGGAGGAAUACAACAAACCAUCUCCACGUGGCACCAUCAACAUCUCCUGGAGGAAUACAACAAACCAUCUCCACCGUGGCACCACCAACAUCUCCUGGAGGAAUACAACAAACCAUCUCCACCGUGGCACCACCAACAUCUCCUGGAGGAAUACAACAAACCCAUCUCCACCGUGGCACCAGCAACAUCUCCUGGAGGAAUACAACUGUACAAAAAAUCUCACCUCUUUCGGAGACUGGUCCUUGGAGCUGGAUAAUAUGAUAUUUUGUUUGUUUCCAUUUCAAGAAACAAGAUGGGCGGUAGUGUUUUUGGAAGUUGCUCAAAUGCAGCUGUUUGUGUAUGAGUGAAUGUCCAUGUUGUUAUGGUAAGCAUAAAAAGGAGUGUACACUAUUUUUAUGCUUCGUCAUGUUUGUUUGUUUUGAACUUGUUUGAUGUCGUGCUGUUUUGGUCUUCAGAGAUCUUGUAUUGACAUUAUUGUUUCUGUUCAGGCUUUAGCUGUGAACACACACACACACACACACACACACACACACACACACACACACACACACACACACACACACACACACACAAAGGAAGGAAACAGUUAGCCUAGUCUAGCCUGAAGCCUAGUCACCCUUAGAUCUCCAGAGUUCCUCUGUGGAGGUGGGAGAACCUUCCAGAAGGACAAUCAUCUCUGCAGCACUCCACUAGUCAGGCCUUUAUGGUAGAGUAUCCAGGCAGAAGACACUUGUCAGUAAAAGGCACAUGACAGCCCGCUUGGAGUUUGCCAAAAGGUACCUACAAGAACUCAGACCAUGAGAAACAAGAUUCUCUGGUCUGAUGAAACCAAGAUUGAACUCUAUGGCCUGAAUGACAAGCGUCAUGUCUAAAGGAAAUCUGGCACCAUCCCUACGGUGAAGCAGGGUGGUGGCAGCAUCAUGGUGAGGGGAUGUUUUUCAGCGGCAGGGAGAGGAGACUAGUUAGGAUCAAGGGAAAGAUGAACAGUGCAAAUUGCGAAGAGAUCCUUGAUGAAAACCUGUUCCAGAACACUCAGAACCUCAGACUGGGGUGAAGGUUCACCUUUCAACAUGACAACAACACUAAGCACAUAUCCAAGCCCAGACUUGAACCUGAUCGAACAUCUCUGGAGAGACCUGAAAAUAGCUGUGCGGCGACGCACCCCAUCCAACCUGACAGAGUUUGAGAGGAUCUGCAGAAAAGAAUGGAAGAAACUCCCCAAAUACAGGUGUGCCAAGCUUGUAGCGUCAAACCCAAGAAGACUCGAGGCUGUAAUCACUGCCAAAGGUGCUUCAACAAAGUACUGAGUAAAGGGUCUGAAUACAUAUGUACAGUAAAUGUAAUAUUUCAAUUUUUUGCUUUAUCAUUAUGGGGUAUUUGUGUAGAUUGGAGGGGAAUUUUUCUUAAAUCAUUUUAGAAUAAGGCUGUAACGUCACUGUGGAAUUAGUCAAGGGGUCUGAACACUUUCCGAAUGCACUGAAUAUAAUAAUUUAAAUAGAAAAGAACGGAUUGAUGCGUCAAAUGUUGUUUUGUAUAUCAGUUCAUAAACAUGAUCCCAUGGCACUGAGACAUCAAAAAUCUAGAUCCUAAAUGGCCUGGCUCCCCCUCCACUCAAUAUUUUUGUUAAACAGAAAACCCAAACAAAUGGCAGCAGAUCCACAAGGUCUGCCAUGAGAGGUGACUGUAUAGUUCCCCUAAGGAAAAGCACCUUUUUAGUAAAUCCGCUUUCUCUGUGAGAGCUUCCCUUGUCAGGAAUACACUGCCAUCAGACACUCAUAACUGCACCACAUAUCACACAUGCAUGAAGACAUGGCUAAAGGUCAAUCAGAUUUGUGAACAUGGUCCCUAGCUGUGUAUUGCUGCUUUCCAUGUUGUCUGUUGUCUGUAGCUUGUGAGGUGUGGAAACACUUUGUUGCUUUUAUGAAUUUUGUCUUGCUGCUUUUUGUUCUAUGUUGCUCUGUCUGUAUGCUACGUCUUGCUUGUCCUAUGUUGCUCUGCGUGUGCUUACUGCUCAAUGAUUGUCUAUAUUGUAAUAGUUUUUAGCCGGCUGGCUAAAACCGGCACUUUUACAGAAACGUUGAUUAAUGUGAACUGUCCCUGUAAAAAUAAACUCAACUCAAUUCAAUGUUAUGAAGAGUGAUCAGAUAAAUUGCAAUUAAUUGCAAAGUCCCUCUUUGCCAUGCAAAUGAACUGAAUCCCCCAAAAACAUUUCCACUGCAUUUCAGCCCUGCCACAAAAGGACCAGCUGACGAGGACAAGGCUGGAGAUCACUCUGUCAUGCUGAUUGAGUUCGAACAACAGACUGGAAGCUUCAAAAGGAGAGUGGUGCUUGGAAUCAUUCUUCUUCCUCUGUCAACCAUGAUUACCUGCAAGGAAACACGUGCCGUCAUCAUUGCUUUGCACAAAAAGGGCUUCACAGGCAAGGACAUUGCUGCCAGUAAGAUUGCACCUAAAUCAGGAGAGCGGUUCAAUUGUUGUGAUGAAGGCUUCAAGGCACCCAAGAAAGUCCAGCAAUCACCAGCACCCUCUCCUAAAGUUGAUUCAGCUGCGGGAUCGGGGCACCACCAGUACAGAGCUUGCUCAGGAAUGGCAGCAGACAGGUGUGAGUGCAUCUGCACGCACAGUGAGGCAAAGACUUUUGGAGGAUGGCCUGGUGUCAAGAAGGGCAGCAAAGAAGCCACUUUUCUCCAGGAAAAACAUAAGGGACAGACGGAUAUUCUGCAAAAGGUACAGGGAUUGGACUGCUGAGGACUGGGGUAAAGUCAUUUUCUCUGAUGAAUCCCCUUUCCGAUUGUUUGAGGCACCCAGAAAAAAGCUUGUCCGGAGAAGACAAGGUGAGCGCUACCAUCAGUCCAGUGUCAUGCCAACAGUAAAGCAUCCUGAGACCAUUCAUGUGUGGGGUUGCAUCUCAGCGAAGGGAGCGGGCUCACUCACAAUUUUGCCUAAGAACACAGCCAUGAAUAAAGAAUGGUACCAACACAUCCUCCGAGAGCAACUUCUCCCAACCAUCCAGGAACAGUUUGGUGACGAACAAUGCCUUUUCCAGCAUGAUGGAGCACCUUGCCAUAAGCCAAAAGUGAUAACUAAGUGGCUCGGGGAACAAAACAUUGAUAUUUAGUGUCCAUGGUCAGGAAACUCCCCAGACCUUCAUCCCUUUGAGAACUUGUGGUCAAUCCUCAAGAAGCGGGUGGACAAACAAAAAUCCACAAAUUCUGACAAAAACUCCCAGCAUUGAUUAUGCAAGAAUGGGCUGCCAUCAGUCAGGAUGUGGGCCAGAAGUUAAUUGACAGCAUGCCAGGGCGGAUUGCAGAGGUCUUGAAAAUGAAGGGUCAACACUGCAAAUAUUGACUCUGCAUCAACUUCAUGUAAUUGUCAGUAAAAGCCUUUGACACUUAUGAAAUGCUUGUAAUUAUACUUCAGUAUUCCAUAGUAAUAUCUGACAAAAAAUAUCUAAAGACACUGAAGCAGCAAACUUUGUGGAAAUUAAUGUUUGUGUGAUUCUCAAAACUUUUGGCCACGACUGUACACAUACAUUAUCUUUAAGGUCCCUCAGUCAAGCAGUGAAUUUCAAACACAACCACAAAGAUCAGGGAGGUUUUCCAAUGCCUUGCGAAGAAGGGCACCUAUUGGUGGAUGGGUUUUAAAAAUACUGACAUUGAAUAUCCCUUUGAGCAUGGUGAAGUUAUUAAUUACACUUUGGAUAGUGUAUCAAUACACACAAUCACUAAAAAGAUACAGGUGUUCUUCCUUACUCAAUUGCCAGAGAGAAAGGAAACCGCUCAGGGAUUCACUAUGAGACCUAUGGUGACAUUAAAACAGUUAUAGAGUUUAACGGCUGUAAUAGGAGAAAACUGAAGAUGGAUCAAUAACAUUGUAGUUACUCCACAAUUACUAACCUAAUGAACAGAGUGAAAAGAAGGAAGCUUGUACAAAAUAAAAAAUAUUGCAAAACAUGCAUUCUGUUUGCAACAAGGCACUAAAGUAAUACUGAAAAAAUUGUGGUAAAGCAAUUCACUUUUUGUCCUGAAUACAACACGAAGUGUUAUGUUUGUGGCAAAUCCAAUACAACACAUUACUGAGUACUCCAUAUUUUCCAGCAUAUUGGUGGCUGCAUCAUGUUAUGGGUAUAUUUGUAAUAGUUAAGGAUUAAGGAGUUUUUCAGGAUAAAAAAAUAAACAGAAUAGAGCUAAGCACAGACAAAAUCUUAGAGGAAAACCUGGUUCAGUCUGCAUUCCACCAGACAGUGGGAGAUUAAUUCACCUUUCAGCAGGACAAUAACUUAAAACACAUGGCCAAAUCUACACUGGAGUUGCUUACCAAGAAGACAGUGAAUGUUCAUGAGUUGGCCGAGUUACUGUUUUGACUUAAAUCUACAGCAAGACCUGAAAUGACUGUCUAGCAAUGAUUAACAACCAAUUUGGCAGAGAUUGAAGAAUUGUUUGUAAUAAUAAUGGGCAAAUGUUGCACAAUAUAGGUGUGGAAAGCUCUUAGAGACUUACCCAGAAAGACACACAGCUGUAAUUGCUGUCAAAGGUGCUUCUACAAAGUGUUAACUCAAGGGUGUCAUAUAUAUUACUGUAUUUAAUUUUCAAGAAAUGUGCUAUUUCAAAAAAUAUGUAUUCACUUUGUCAUUAUGGGGUAUUGUGUGUGAUAAAAAAAAAAAAUAAGAUUCAGGCUGUAACACAACUAAAUGUGGAAUAAGUCAAGGAGUAUUACUACUCUCUGAAGGCACUGUAUGUAAAGUAAAAUAUCAGGGUAAUUUACCCGUAGAUGGACAGGUGUUUCCCCUCAACGGUUUCAAGAUCCUAUCUAUUUUACUACAUUUUCUAUCAAAGUUAAUAGUUGCAAGAUCGUUAGACGUUUCUAGGAUAUGUACACCAAGCAAAUCAUCUUCACCAUAUGCCCACUGGUGAAACUUCCAGGUCCUCAAUUAACCCCUUAAUGUUAUCGUUGGAUCUGAACCCUAACACUUCAAUGGCCAUAAUGAAUACGUAUGAUGAUAGAGGGCAACCUUCUUUUACACCUCUUGACAGUUCAACAUUUUCAGAGAAGUAACCAUUAUUUUAUAUAGUGUUGUUGUACAUGACUUUUACCCAUCUUAUGAGAUAUUCUCCGAAGUUGAUUAAAGUUUGGGGCUGUUUUUCAUGGUUUGGGCUAGGCACCUUAGUUCCAGUGAAGGGAAGUCUUAACGCUACAGCAUACAAUGACAUUCUAGACAUUUAUGUGCUUAAAACUUUGUGGCAACAGUUUGGGGAAGGCCCUUUCCUUUUUCAGCAUGACAAUGCCUCUGUGCAUAAAGCGAGGUCCAUACAGAAUUGGUUUGUCGAGGUCAGCCUCACUAAUGCUCUUGUGGCUGAAUGGAAGCAAAUCCCAGUAGCGUCUAGUGGAAAGCCUUCCCAGAAGAGCGUAGGCUGUUAUUAGCAGCAAAGAGGGGACCAACUCCAUAUUAAUGCCCGUGAUUUUGUACUGAGAUGUUUGACAAGCAGGUGUCCACAUACUUUUGGUCAUGUAGUGUGUAUUCCUUUUAAGAAUCCCGUCUGAUCGAGAUGAAUAAUGUCCGGUAGGACCUUUUUAAUUCUAUGAGCAAUACACUUUGCCAAUGCUUUGGCGUUGCAACAUUCAAUGGUGAUAGGCCUAAAAAUAUAUAUAUAUAUAUAUAUACUGGGUCUUUGUAUUGCUUCCUGGCUCCUGCUUCAGUAGGAAAGAGAUCAAUCUUCUUUUUGUGUGUCUGAUAGUAGUGGAUCUAUCAGUAGUUCAUUAAAAAUUUGAUAUAUCUAGGCCAUGUCACGCCUUGGUCUUAGUAUUUUGUGUUUUCUUUCUUUAUUUGGUCAAGCCAGGGUGUGACAUGGGUUAUUGUGGUGUGUUUUUUGUCUUGGGGUUUUGUGGGGUGGCUACGUAGUCUAUGGCUGCCUGAGGCGGUUCUCAAUCAGAGUCAGGUGAUUAUCGUUGUCUCUGAUUGGGAGCCAUAUUUAGGCAGCCAUAUUCUGUGAGUGUUUCGUGGGUGAUUGUUCCUGUCUUUGUGUUUGCACCAGAUAGGGCUGUUUCGGUUUUCAUUAUUUCAUUUCAUUAUUUUCGUAGUUUCUGUAUGUAUAGUUUUCCUUCAUUAAAAUCUAUAAUGAAUCAUCA